CGGUCUCGACCCGUUAUUGCUAAAUGGCAUGUAUGAUCAAGGAAUGGUCAGGCAGCACACGAGCACUGCCCAACUGAGUGGUGGAAGCGCUAGCAGUGUAGCAUUGCCCGGCCCUGGAAACAGCAAAACUCCUGUACUGGCUCUUCCAGCUCCAGAUGGAACUGUUCAGGCAGUGAAUCAGGAUCCUUUCGCCGCAUCGUUAACCAUUCCACCGCCUUCAUACGUGCAAAUGGUGGAGAUGGAGAAGAAACAGCAACUGCUGGUGCAGGAGCAGCAGGUAUGGCAGCAGUACUCAAGAGAUGGGAUGCAGGGGCAGAGCAGUUUGAACAAAAUCAGUAACCCCCCAGGUUACUACACAGCGGGAAUGAUGGCUCCAAUGCCGUACGGGAUGCCUCCAGCAAACGGAAUGGGCGGGUAUUACUACAUUCCUCAAUGAUAUCUACACUUACCUUUUACAUCAUAUAUACUGUGUCCAUGCUGUAUUAGUAGUUUUAUUUCUUUGUCUAAGUGAUAUAAUUUUUGUUUCCUCUGCUAUUUGUGCGAGAAAAAUGGUGUGGGAACUUUUGUUUGACUCUGGACAGCUGAUAUUGUUUUCUGGGUUUUGAUAAUGGAAGACUCAUACUUCCUACUCCAGUUCAAGUA